GUAGCCAGAGGAUAACAUCAACGCUACCCAACGGUACCGAGAAGCCAUCAUCAUCAUGGUACGGUUCACUCAGAAAGCGCUCCUCCCGUCGACCACCGACAUCAGAGAGUGUCGUCAGCCCGUCUCCCAAUGCUGAUGACAUGCCGGUUCUUUCACCAUUGGGUUCCGAACGAUCCUGCACCUGCUCCACAAAGUACGGCUGGCGAGCAGAGGGAUCGGCGGCACUCCUCGGUGGAUGGUCCCCUCAGAAGUAGCAUCAGGGCGGAGCGAAGAGGCCCGUAUCGUCAAAGUGUCGGGGCGUUGCCAGAAAAUGCUCAUUUCCCAACAACAUCGCGCUCUGGGUCGCCGGAGGAGUCCAGUGGUGUAUUCUUCGAUGCCGGCAGUGACAGCGGCAGCUACUCGUCAAAGUCUUCAUCAAACAUUCACGCUGACGCUCCCAACAGUACCUCUGGCUCAUCACUGCAGCGUGGCGAUGCACAUCUAUCGAACCCGGGAGGCGCAGGCAGUGCGCAGUGGCGCUCCAGCUCGCUGAAAGUCCGUCGCACAUCCAAUGAGGAUGCUCCAGUGUCUGACCAGCUGAAGUUACCGCAGCCGCCAGCGUUGACCGAGUCUCCCAGAGCCUCACCGUCCGUAUCCAAGAAGUUCCACUUCUUCACGCUAACUCGGCCCAGGAAGAGAACGGAGUCGAGUUCCGAUGAUCUGACAUCCAGCGGGCGACUGUGCGAUGCCAUUAACGAGAUAUUCCUUCCAACUAUCUGCAAACAUCAACUCAAAUACUUGACUGAUAGUUCUUUACACUGGUUCCAUGUUGCUGCCUGCUACGAUACUUCACCCAUCAUUGGCGAAGGCUACUGCACUCCGUUCAGCCCCACUGAUCAGUUCCAGCAUCGGCACAACAAGCCACAGGAACUGAUGGAGGAAAGUUGCGCUAAGCACUCCGCAUGCAAUCCGAAUAGCUACUGUUCGUCAGCAGAGUGGAGGUUCCAGCUAUCCGUGUGGGAGCUAUUACGGAGCGAGGUUGUUUAUCUAAUCGAAGCCCUGCUUGUCCUACAGGAUGUACACCAUACUGUGCUCCAGAAGCUGCAACGGAGAGGGCACUUGUGUGACGUAGACCACAGCAGGGUGUUCGGCAAUGUCCUGGAACUGGCUGUUCUUAGUGAGAAGUUCUGUGGAGACCUGCUGUCAUUAUUCACAUCACACAAACCCGGCCAAUCGGCUUCUCUAGAAUCUCUUAUCAGCAUAUUGAAUCGGUUUGUGGUGCGUUUCCAUGCACCAUACCAGCAGUAUGGUGCAAACUAUCACCAGAGCAUGCCGUACGUCGAUAAGCUGCUGCAGCGUAAAGAUUUCCAAGAGUAUGCCACGUUUUGUCACCAGCACCAGCGCGUGAGGAAGCGCAGCCUGAAGUCGUUCCUCUUUGAACCAGUACAGCGGCUGCAGCGUCUACCAAUGUUGCUAAAGAACAUUGUCCAGGAUUACCAUGGAAACAGAUCCCUGCCGCUAUUCAGUGAAUUGAGCUCGGCCGCUAAAGCAAUCGAAGUGUCUUGCCAUGAGCUGGAUGGUCUUGUCAAACAGUACCUACAGGAGCAGAAGUGCCACGAGCUGCAGUCGAGCAUCCAGUGGCCAACCGUGUUUGCCGUUGACCCAGCUGGUGCUCUUCCUGAUAACACGGAGAAGCUUCUAUCACUGGCACCAUUGCCACUUCACUCAUCGACAAGAUGGCUGGCUCACCACGGCUCUCUCAAGUUAUUAGAGUACGUUGGGACCGGCAUCACCACACGCUUGGCCAGUGUGGUGGCGUUCCUCUUCAACGAUUUCCUCCUGCUGACCAGGCACAGACCUGUCGUUAGUGGUCACAAGGCAAACCGGUUUGAAUCACCAUUGGAAACCGGUUCAAAUAAAAAUCUGUCGUCUGGAUCGCCUCUAUUAGGUCCGGCACACUCCAAUACCGGCUUGAUGGAGUACUAUGUUUGCAAACAGCCCUAUCCUGUCAGCCAUGUAGAAGUACUGGAUGUUCCAACUGACCGGAAUUUAAGGCACACCUUCUGCAUACUACUCAAGAACGAUUACCAUCAGUACGUGGGUGCUGUGUCCCUGGAAGCUCCGUCGGAAAAGAGCAAGACCGAAUGGAUGCAAAGCAUUGAAAGAAUCAGACGACAGUGUGCAUAGAGACGGGAAGAUGCCCAGGCCAUAAAUUCCUGGAGCUAACACGUAGAUAAUUUCUUCUCAGAACCCGAAUUGCAUCGCUGAGCGAAGCCGAAAAGCUUUUGAGACCUCUGUUCAGGUCCAGUCCGGUUAGCUCAUCAUGCAACAUUCAUCUGGACCAGAUCCUAUUCAACUCAAGUUGGACUGCAUCUCUGCAGCUGCACCCAACGUGAUACAAUUUGAGCAGUGUAAAUCUUACUUGAGUAUGGCCUUGUUGCUAAACACUUGAUAAGCAUUUUUGAAAGAUAUUAUUUAACAGAUUUCAGUUUCUUUCUUUGACCAGUAUCAUUGUGAUCAUGGAGUCGUACAAACCCCGGUUUGUUUGGCCCCUUGAUCACGAUCACCUCGGUGAGUCACUCUGUGAUCUGCAGAUGAAUGAGACCCUAACAAAUUCAAUUUCACCUGGUUAGUAAGUAGGUGUACCGAACUUGAUUUUAAAAGAUUUAUUGAGUUUUAUUAUCAUUGUAACUUUGAAGUAUAUUCAGCAUUUCCCAUAAUCCAUUUUUAUAUCUUCACCGUCGA